AAUACAUAAUUGUCAUAGAAAAAGAGUUUCCUUCAAACUGUUAAGAGUGUUGAACAAUCGACACAACAACAUCUACUUUGGGUUUCCUGGAAAAAUCUAUCAAUUCAAAGGAGGACUUAAAGUUAGUUUCUUUACAUAUAUGUCUGAAAAUAUGGAAAGCCCACCUAAGCAUGAUGAACUUGCUAAUGCUCUUAACGAUCUCUUUACUAACGUUUCCGCGAUGAUUAAAGGCGAUCUUCAGGGUACGAACAAUGUCCUUAAAUUGUUGGAAAACAUGAAUCUUAAAGUUGCGGAAGAGUAUAAUGGCUUUGGUGAUGUUGCCUCCGGUUUGAGGGUUUUUGUCGAAAGAUUAAAGACCAAAAGCGAGAAUUUUGAUGAGUAUGCUCACCAAAUUGAUAAUAUAGAACAGCAAGUGACUGAUCUAGAAGUUGCAAUUUCUAUGCUCGAUAAAUAUGUUUCUUUGCUUGAAUCAAAAGUUCAGUCUGUUUACCGCAUGCCAACUUCAUCAUCCUAAUUUGCACAUGGGUUUUGAAGAGCUUGAUCAUGUCAAUAACGGUAAGCAGAUUCGUGUCUAUGGCUCUGCUGCUUCCAAGUGUUCUUCUCCAUAGUCUGCAACCAAGACUACAUACACUUGGAGUUGGAUCAUCAUUAGAAUUUAAGAGCAAUGUCGUCAUUUUUUCCCUAGACACAUAUAGUUGUAUAUCUCUUGUUUUCAUAUAUUAACUUGAUCAAUUUAGACUUGUCUAUGAACAAACAAACUUUGCAGAACCGUUUCACCUCAUUGAUCGUGGUGAAGUCAAAUAAUGACAACAUGAGAUUCGAAUCA